UUGAGUUGACAGGAGAAAAUGAGCUUUUCACCAUGUGAAUAAAAAGGACUAUAAUCAAGCUCCCGUUAAAGUGAACACGCAAGUUCAGGCUCUCUCAUUGUCUCUGAAAACCUUGUUGCUAAAACAGUAGAGGGGGAUUAACUGAUGGAAGAAUGAUGAUCAUUUUUGGCUGCUCUUAUAUACCUUAGUUACAUUGUCCCAGGUUUUAAUGGAUCUGCUGCGAAGCGGACUUUGCAGUGAGGAGGUACAGCUCUGCUUUCUCCUCAGAAGUUUCUCGGUGACGACCGGGCCAUGUCAUAAUUAUUGAAAGCCGAGUGCUGGUCGCGGACGCAAUGGUAGCCUGGGAGGCGGCAUAGAUCUAUAUGCUGAGAGGCUAGAAGGGUCCUGACUUCUACUUAGUGCUGGACAAUAUAACCAUUAAAGAUUUAUAGAUCGCAAGAGCCGCUCGUUAUCAGCACGGAUCUGCUUCGUCAUUUGUUCCUCGUUCUGUUUGUUUUUAUUGAUCGUUAAUGUGUCUGUAUGUGUAUGUGUGGGGGGGCAGCUAUGAUUUAACAAAUAAGGUUGUAAUAAGUGGACGGCAGCUGGCACUUGAAGCAUGCAGGCAGGGAAGCAGGUUAUUUUUCACCCCCGCCCUUCCCAGCCUCCCCAGGCCUGUUUGGCAGGCAGAGAAAACCGGCCAUGUGACAUUGCUAAAGAAACACUCAGCUCCUCCCACCUGGCUGUACCGUAAACCCUAAAAGCAGUUUCCCCCUCGGCAUUUGCCACCUGUGGAUCCGUUUCCUGACUGUGCAGGUGUGACUACCAGAGUGUCAGGCUCUCAAACCCGAUGGAGCCCACUGACCACAGGGAGCUGGGGAGGUUCCAGCACUUCCAGCUGGACGAUUUUGAGGCCGACUGGACGAAGGUAGCGGAGGGAACUCUGGGGCGAGUCUACAAAGUGAAACUGAAAGUGUGGAGGGAGACGUUUGCCAUGAAACAGUCCUCCAAUUCCACCUCCAGUAACAUGAUCUACAGGAGAAUGGUAGAGGAGGCUUCAAAACUGGAGAAAGUGAAAUUCAGCCAUAUUGUCUCCAUCUACGGCGUGUGCAGCGACCCCCCUGCCGUGGUGAUGGAAUUCAUGAGCAACGGCUCCCUGAACGCCCUCCUCCACAGCCAUGUCCUCAUGUGGCCCAAGAAGUUCCAGAUGAUCCAUGAGGUGACCAUGGGCAUGAAUUACCUGCACAGCAUGAAGCCUGAGCUGCUCCACCUCAACCUGAAGCCUUCAAACGUCCUACUGGAUGAUCACCUGCAUGCCAAGAUUUCAGACUUCGGAUUUGUGAAAUGGGAGGACUUUUCCAGUAGUACGGACUUCAUCGAGCACAUGUCCAUGCGGGGAAACACGUGUUACAUCCCGCCGGAAAUAUUCACUCAAAGUCCCGAGGCCCCAGGACCCCAAUAUGACGUUUACAGCUUUGCUAUCGUGAUCUGGGAGAUUUUGACUCAGAAGAAGCCCUAUCCAGGGGCCGGAAACAUGAUGCCGGUGAUCAUGAAGGUGACGUCAGGCAAGAGGCCGAGUGUGGAGAUGGUCCCCGAGGACAAACCGCAGGAGUGUGAUGAAAUGAUCGACAUCAUGAGAUGCUGCUGGAAGCAGGAGGUCGCAGACAGACCGCCCUUCUCAGCUAUCGUCAGAGACACAGAAUCCCUAAGCGAGGUCCUCAAGAUCCCCGACGUGAUACGGGCGUGUGGAGAGACGCAGAAGACUCACAGGCGGACUAGCGUGAUUCUGUCCAUCUUGAAUCAUGAAACCAAGCCGGGAUCGGCCUCGGCCGCAGGCACGGCGGAUGGCUCUGAUGAUGUCGUCGGCCUCCUCUUACGGAAGGACUUGGAAAGGUUCAAGUCUGUAUUACGGAAGGAGCAGGUGUCGGCCGUGUACGCGGGUGGGAACAGCGUCCUGCACUACGCAGCGGCCAGCGGGGACGCAGCGAGCGUCAAGCUCGUGCUGGAGCUGGGUGGCACUGUGGACACCCGGAGCGAGCAGAGCUACACGCCGCUGAUCGUCGCCGUCCUGCAGAACUCUCUUGAUGUCUGCUCCGUGUUGCUGGACCGCGGCGCCGACGCCAACCUGGGCGACGCCGAUGGCUGGACGGCGCUCCACUUCGUGGCUCAGAACGGCGACGACCGCACCGCCCGGCUGCUCCUGGACCACGGCGCGGAACCGGACCCCGCCGAGAAGGAAGGCUGGACGCCGCUGCACCUGGCCGCGCAGAACGGGCACGAGAACAUGGUGCGCCUCCUCCUGCCACGCGUGGCCUCCACCGACCGAGCCACGGGCAACGGCAGGACCGCGCUGCACCUGGCGGCCAGGUACGGCCACGUGGGGAUCACGCGGCUGCUGCUGGGCCAGGGGGCCGACCCCAACCGCAGGGAUGGGCCACAGGGCAGUGCGUUGUAUCUAGCUGCGGAUGGCGGCCACUUCCGCGUGGCCCGGCUGCUCGUCGGCGCCGGGGCUGACGUCAACCUGACGGACAGUCGCUGCUUUAGCGCACUACACUUGGCGGCCCUCAAGGGCCACACGGGCAUCUGCAGACUCCUGCUGGGAAAUGGGGCGCAAGCCAACGCCAGGACUGCCCAGGGCUGGACGCCGAUGCACUUGGCGGCCCUUAAGGGCCAACCUGCUCCCAUCCCACUCCUAGAGGAGCAUGGGGCCUCCCUAGAUGCCAAAGGAGACAGUGACAGUACCGCCCUGCACUUGGCCUGCUGCUACAGACACGAGGAGGUGGUGGCCGCAUUACUGACCGCGGGGGCCAACCCCAACCUGCUGGACAAACGCAGCUGGAGCCCCCUGCACCUGGCCAGCAGUGGGGGCAGCUUCCCCUGUGUGCUGCAGCUGCUCUCGCACAGUGCCCAUGUCAACGCGCAGAACGGCAGCCAGGCCACUGCGCUGCACCUGGCCUCUGCCGCGGGCAACGUUCCCAUAGUACAAGCUCUGCUGCUCAACGGGGCCAGGAGGGACAUGAGGGAUGCUAAAGGAUACACCCCCAAAGAGCUGGCCCACAGGAACCAGAAAGAGGAGGUGAUUCAGCUGUUGGAGGAAUAGCGGCUAAGAGCUAGCAGGGGCUGCUCAAGUACUGUAACAGCGCUGGUGACCAUAAGGUCACAGGGUGAAGGCUCCUCUCUCUUUCAGGAACUAAAAGAGCCCUAGAGGAGAACUACCAACACAUACGAUGGUAAUACUAGAUUACUAACUUGUAGUGUUUGAUAUUAUUAUGAUAUAGCUUCCACAGAUAGUCUGUUUACAUAGCAUGUCUGAGCUUUGUAAUGGUUUGUAGACCCAUAAAUAUGACGCCUAAGAGGACCAGCUGGAUAUGAAAGAAAUUUCUAGAAUUGAGGGUAGGGGACUGACAUGUGCACAAGUCUACAUUCUGUUCUAGAAAUGCCUCAUUAAACCAUGUCCUGACCCUUUCAUCAGAAAGCAGUAGUCAUGUCAGCAUAUGUCGAGUAUAUCGAGGUACUUAAUUUCAGGGGCAAUAAGCUGUGCCUGUACAUAAGAAUGAAAUCCAGCCGUAUUUAUAUACAAAAAUUCCUUUUGUAACAUUACAGCAAGGAAUACAUCUUCUGUAUGUAUUUCCAUCACUUCUGUGUUCUUACACAGCUGUUUAUCAUACAUACAUUCAGCCCAAAACUGGAUUCAAAGCCUAGCUUUCUAUGGUGCCCUGGCUUCUGAGCCCCUGCUUGUGUUCUGGAAUGUUCCCAUAGCCAGCCUCAGACAGACAGGAGCACCGUCCUGCAGCAGACUUAGCAGUGCUUUUGUGCUCAUGUUCAAAGCUGUUCAGCGGGAAGCAGCUAAGCUCAGUUAAUUUUCUCGAACAUUAAAAUUUGUUCCAGAGAGAAACUGAGUCUAAUCCCCCUUCAGGGGAAAACCGUCAGCGUGGUGCACAAUGAUGGACAUUGAAAGAUCCCGUGGUCUCUCUCACAAACACAGAGCUCACAAAAGAGGGUGGUCCCUGUGCUGGAUGUGAUGCACUUCUGUAUCUUUUUUGUUAUAAAAACGAAUUGGGUCAUUUUCAUUAGCUGCUCUUCACAUGCAGACCCAGCACUGUCACAGAACCAUCAAUCAAUGACAUCAUCUUGACUGCUGUGGUCUGCUAAUUUGAGUGGAGAGACAGGGGCUGUGAUAAGAGCUGGAGGAAGCCUGGGACGAGGCCUAAUGAGAAGAACGUUUUUGAUGUGUCGGGUCUCCCUGAUGGAUCUACAGUCUGGGUCAUCUUUUAUAAUACUUAUAAUGCUGGUGCUGAGAUGUUGUGAAGACUGUUAGAGACCUUGUAUGGAGAUGCCAUAUUGCAGCCAAAAAAAAACUGGACAAAGUGGUUGUCUGAGCUUUACCAGCUGCCAGAACCUGGCUGAGAUCAGGGACUGGAAUGAGAAAAUAGUUCAAAGAGUGAUGUUAUGGUAGACAGGCAACAGGCAUCUGGGGCAGAGCAGAUGGACAGAAGCAUGGAGUAUCUGUAAUGUGAAGUUCCUAAGAUGCCCCUGCCAGCCCCACAUUCAUCUCCUGGGCCUCCCUUAGGGUCGAAGCAUGAAUGUUACCCAUCUCCUGUGUGACUCCCACCAUCAGAUCCGUAAAUUUCCAUUGCUUUGUUCAGUCUCUGGAAUUUUUCAUUAAAGGAAUUAUUGCAUGCAGAACCUCUGACUUGCUUGUCCAACUUGUCUGUGCCCUUCCCACAUAUCUGGUGAACGUUUUGGGAAUACCCCGGCAAUCCCUGGAGUAAUGGCCAAGCUCUGUGCUCUACUGCAGCAACGGUUCCAGUGCCGACAUCAGUGGACGAACAACUGUAUACUGGGCCCUGGGGCAAAAAUGAACCAUGCCCCCCCACCUUAACAAAUUCACACCUAGAGUCUGCCUAGGUUGCAGUUGCAGCAGUUACAGAUGAUGACAUUUAAAUAGCCUCCAAAUGUCACACCCAUCAUGCACUGCAGUAGUUAGCGAAUUCCACAAAUGUUUUUUUCGUUAAAUUCACGCCUCGACAACAGAGUUUGACUACAAAACAUUACAAACUAUUACAUUUCAAAAUUGUUUUAAGUAUUGUACCAAGUUUUUUUGUGUUAUGACUCUCACCAUAAUGAGAUUGUAUACAUAUAAAUGAGAGACAUAAAGACUGCAUGUCACAAGUUCAACUUAUAUGUAUGACAUCAGUGCCUUAAUCCUCAUGAAUGUCUUGCAUAUGUGUGAGAUUUGGAUCUUGAUGUUCAUUAGGGGGCCCGAUCGUGGGGCAGCUGCCUUGAUUACCAAUCUGCCCCUAACCGACCCAUUUGACAGGCUUCAGAUCUUGGAAAGCACACAGAUUCCUCUUCUUUCUGCUGCAGUUCCCAGCCACCAUAAGCACAUUAUUGUCUGUAUUGUAUGACAAAAAAUGCUGAGAUGCUUCUAUCCACUGAUCUUCUAACCACUGGCAGCAUAGGGCACCAGCCUGAUGUACACCAUGGACAGGAUGAGUAUAUAUUAAAUAUUUCCUCUUA